CGGAUUGACCCGUAGUCAGGUGACGGCGGAAGCGGAAGUUGUUGCAGGUGUGGAGGAGAGCGGAGUUUGUUGUUGCUGUUGUAGUUGUGGUCACUGCUUCCUGGUGUGUAAUGGGCUGUGACGGUGGUACCAUCCCCAAGCGCCAUGAGCUGGUAAAGGGGCCCAAGAAGGUGGAGCAGGUUGACAAAAAUGCUGAGUUGGUUGCCCGCUGGUAUUACUGCACUCUAAGCCAGGAGAAACUGAAAAAGCCAAUAGUGGCCUGUGAACUGGGCAGGCUGUACAAUAAAGAUGCAGUUAUUGAAUUUUUACUGGACAAAUCUCCGGACAAACCACACGCAGAUUCUGCAGCCCACUUAAAGAGCAUCAAGAAUGUGAUUGAGUUGAAUCUGAGUGAUAACCCAGUUUGGACUGGAGACAAAGGCAACACGAAAGGAGACAAAUACGACGAUCAGUGUGCGCAGUUUAUCUGUCCUGUUGUUGGCCUGGAAAUGAAUGGCAGACACCGGUUCUGUGUGUUGAGACACUGCGGAUGUGUGUUUUCUGAGCGGGCACUAAAAGAAAUCAAAACAGACGUGUGCCACAAGUGUGGAGCACGUUUUCAAGAAUCUGAUCUGAUUUUAUUGAAUGGCAGUAAAGAUGAAGUGGAGGAACUGAGGAAGAAAAUGGAAGAAAGAAGAUUAAAGGCUAGAAUGGAGAAGAAAUCCAAGAAGCCCAGAACUGUGGAGAGUGUCGUUACAAAUGCUGCUACAGCGGAAGGUGCUGCAGGACCCUCUGGAACAACAGAUGGGACCAAAAAGAGCGCCAGAGAUAAAAUAAAUUUUGUUUCCAGCAGCAAUUGUGCAGCAGACUCCGUGUCAUCAGAGAGUGCCGCCACAUCAUCCUCUGCUGCUGUGAAGAGACCGUUACCAAGCACUGACCAGAAAUCAGAAGCAUACAAAUCCAUCUUCACAUCCCAUAGCUCUGCAAAACGCACCAAGGACCAGUCCUCUAACUGGGUCACUCACACAGCCUAUUACUUCUAAUUUCAUGUGACAUUGACCCCUCGUGACUGUGUUAUUAUACAUUUACAGGUUCCAUAUAUAAAACCACUUUCCUUCUUGUAUUGCUAAUUUUGUGUCUGAGUAUAGAUACAUGUGUAUGAAGAAGCAUUUUACAAGUCCUUAUCUGAGAAGAUUCUGCUAUCUGCAUGAAAAUGAAAAUAUUUUUUCUCUGAAAUAAACCAUAAAACUAUUGUA